AUGGAGGGGGGAGCUGCUCAGGUUGAUGGACGGCUCCAGGUUGGAGACAAGUUGGUUGCCGUUAGGGAUGCCGUGAAGGGAGAAGUGAAUUUAGAGAACGUAACCCACGAGGAAGCUGUCGCCACCUUAAAAACCACGCAAGAUCGGGUAGUCCUUGUAGUUGCCAAACCAGACAGUGCCUUUAACGCUCCAGCAUCCGAUACCUCUUACUCUCCCCAAUUCUGUAAAGUAAGAAGACGUGAACUAGCUGCAGGAUAUCAGGUAUCUUCCAGGCAUUUCAAGUCUCCAGCGGAGAAUGACAAAUUUUUAAUUAACUUCGUUUUAGGAUCGCUGUAG